AAAAACGAAGAGAGAGGCAAAGAAAUCAAAACCUCGGCUCUAGACUGGUUUCCUUAACUAAUCGAAGAGAGAGAGAGAGAGAGAGGGGUCAACGUGACAUAUAGAAUCAGAGAGAGAGAGAGAGAGAGUAGAUCCGUGAAUCGUCAUGGCACAAGCUUAUGCAGCAGCUAGGGUCUCUUCAAUGGCAGUGCCUAGACUCUCUAAGAAGUCGAAGUCUUUGUACUCACAGGUUCCUGCUUUGCCGUAUGUUUCUCCUCGCUCUGCUUCUUCUUCGUCUACCUCAGCUUCAGCUUCAGCUUCGUUUAAGCACUCCUCAGGUUCCAACAGGUUAACCCUAUUCCAAAUCAAAGCCUCCUCUUCAGAGGAGUCAUCUGGUUCUACUGAAGUCGGGGAGGGAUUCUCAGACCUAAAAGAAAAGUGGGAUGCACUUGAAGACAAGUACAUGCUCAUUCUAUACGGGGGUGGGCCAAUAGUUGCUCUGUGGUUGUCUUCCAUCGUUGUUGAUGCCAUCAACUCAGUUCCUUUGCUUCCAAGAAUCACGGAGUUGGUUGGGCUUGGAUAUACUGGAUGGUUUGUGUACCGGUACCUUCUUUUUAAGCUUCUUUUUUAAUUUUUGUAGCCGAGUCCGCAUUAAACCAAAAUUCCACCGGCCCCCGUUAUUGACAAGUGACAAUGUUGCUGCUUUGGUUUUCAGUCAAGCAGAAAGGAACUAGCCGCUGAAAUUGAAGCUUUGAAGAAAAAGAUAGCUGGAAGUUGACAGAGCCGUAUCAAAUUUUUUUUCCCUUGCCCAACUGUAAUCCAUUUGAUAGAAAGCCAUGAUGGAUAUCCUGUCCGGGACGCCUCAUUGGCAUUUACAGUGAUCUUUGUCUCUCUUUCAUAGUAUGUCCAUUUAGUUCCUGCUUCUUGAAAUCACAAUUAGCUACAGUAUUUGCUUUAGAAGAAGUUUUGAACUUGUAACUAUGUAUUCAUGUCCUCAUUGCAUUAUGUUAUCUGAUGGUACAAAUUUCUUCCA